GCCCCGCCCAUGGCCAAUCCGCGCCGCCUCCGCCCGAUGAGAGGGGGCACCGCCUCCGUCCAACCAGCGCGGGCGCCGCCGCUGACGUCACGGGGCGGCCGUUGCCCGGCGAUUUCGAAAGCGCCGCCAUGGCGGAGCCGCCGCCCGCCCGUGAGGGGAGCUCAGGUCUGCUCCAGGAAGACCAUAAUUCCUGUAACGAUUAUGGCAGCCGUGACAAGCUGGGGUCAGCCUUGGGAAGGACUGUGCCCGAUGGAAAUGUGCUUUUUCCAGAUAUUUUUCACACUGACCGUCUUUUGUUUUAUGAGAGAUUUAAAGCUUACCAGGAUUACAUCUUGGCUGACUGCAAAGCUUCUGAGGUGAAAGAAUUCACAGCUGAGUACCUGGAGAAGGUCAUGGAGCCAUCUGGAUGGCAGGCAAUCUGGCGCACUAAUGUGUUUGAGGUUGUUGUUGAGGUUAUUGAUGUGGAGUACUCGGCUUUGAAAGCAGUUGUGCAAUUCAGUGAGCCUUUCCUGUGCGAUUUGCGGGAUAGCACCUUUACCUUGGAAUGCAUGCAGGAACUGUUGGAGCUGAAGGAGCGUCGGAUACCCCUGCAGGAGCUGUGGGUAGUGUAUGAUGAAUCAGGAGAGUUUGACCAGACAGCACUUGCCGUAGAGCACGUCAGGUUCUUCUACCAGUGCAUCUGGAGGACCUGGGACGAGGAGGAGGAGGAUGAUUUUGAUUACUUUGUGCGAUGUGUUGAGCCUCGGCUGAGACUGCAUUAUGACAUCCUUGAACACCGUGUGCCUUCUGGGCUCGUAGCUGACUACCAGAACCUGUUGUCUCAGUGUGAAGAGGUUUACCGGAGGUUUUUAAACGUGAGGAACAGCAUACCAAGCAGUGAUUCAGACUCGGAGGUAGAAAAUGUCUCCAUGGUGGAAGGACUAAAAUUGUAUGAGGAAAUAGAGCACUUAAAGCAAAAGCUAAAACUGAUUGAGAAUCCCCUGCUGAGGUAUGUGUUUGGUUACCAAAAAUACAGUGGUCUCCAAGCUAAAGGAUCGAGACCAGCAGGUACCAGGAUCACUCAUGUCGUUUCUUCAACUGUGACCACAAGUCUGUUGCAGGCACUGAUAAGGGACAAACUUUGCCCUGAACCUUGUGGCAAAGAACUAGAAAUACAGUUUCACAGUGAUCUACUGACAGCUGUAAAUGCCUGUUAUGAAGGAGACAGAGUUGUCAUCUGUCCUGGUCAUUAUGUUGUAUAUGGCGUGUUCUGCAUUGCUGAUUCAGUUGAACUUGAAGGCUAUGGCCUGCCAGAUGAUAUUGUGAUAGAAAAACGAGGGAAAGGAGACAACUUUGUUAACUGUACAGGAGCCAAUAUAAGGAUCUCCAGCUUGAAGUUAGUGCAACAUGAUGCUGUGGAAGGGAUUUUAAAUGUGCAUCAUGGGAAAACCACCCUGGAGAAUUGUGUGUUGCAAUGCAAAACUACAGGCAUAACAGUGCGGACAUCAGCUGAGCUAUUGAUGAAAAAGUCAGAUCUGUAUGGUGCAAAGGGUGCUGGUGUGGAAAUAUAUCCAGGUAGUACGUGCACCCUGUUGGACAAUGGCAUACACCACUGCAAGGAAGGAAUACUCAUAAAGAACUUCUUAGACGAACAUUAUGACAUCCCCAAAAUAACCAUGGUCAAUAAUAUGGUCCAUAAUAAUGAAGGAUACGGUGUGGUCCUGGUUAGGCCAAUGAUGCCCUCUGACGUAAAGGAUGCUUCAGCAGAGAGAACAAAAGGGAAUACACAACCUGCCCAGUUGGGUGAUGGGACAGCCUGUGUAGAGGGCUCCAGGCAAGAAAAACUUCCCGAGUGUGUAACUGGUGAGUUGAAGCUGUAUGAGCAAGCUGGGAUUGCUGAACAAGCUGAAGACAAUGAUGAAAUUGCAAAUGAACUUGGGGCUACUUCUGUGAAGAAAAGUCAGAUGCAGAAGAAAAGAUUGAGUGAACUGGGAAUCACAGAAGCUGAUGACAACUUAAUGUCACAAGAAAUGUUUGUUUCUAUUGUGGGAAAUCAGUUCAAAUGGAAUGGGAAAGGAAGUUUUGGUACCUUUCUUUUCUGACUAUCCCGACUCCUAAUGGCACUGCAGUAAGAUUUGCACAAGGUAUUUUCACUGUUGCUUUCCAAGGAGUUAACCUGUUCCAUCAGCCUUCCAUAAUGUCACUAAAUGUGACAAAUAUUUAUUAAUAGUAUAAAUAUUGCAUGUGGAGACUUUGCUUCCUUGCUCAGAAGUAUGGGUAACAUGGAAAACUGAACUCUAGUGUAGAGACUGUGUGUUUAUUCUGCUAAUCUGUGUAUUGCCACUUUGCCAGUGCCCCGAUGAAUUUUCAGUGUACUUAAUUAACUUCUCAUUGUAAUAAAAAUCUUUGAAGAAAGAAAAUAUGGAUAGGGCUCAUCAUGGAAGAGUGGACAACAUAUGUGCAGCGAUUUGUGGUACAUGUUCCUCCAUAUUUUGAAGCGUCACUUUCUGCGGCUGGCUCCUGUAAGAGCUGGACAAAAAUUGUCCAUUUUAAUGUCCAAUUUAAAUUUUGUCCAUUGGAUCGAAGCUAGUGAAAUGCUCUUCCUCAGGAACGUAGUUUUUGACUGCCCUGUUUCUUACCUGAAGGAUUUUGUAGAACACAGCGUUUGGAAGGGGAGCAUCAUUCAGUCUUCUGUGCCUCCUGAGCCCAGCUGAUUACUGCCAAUGGCUACCAGUGCCUGUGCACCUUUUCCUUACUGAGGAGAACUCCAUCAAUCUGAAUAAAGAGAAAUCAAACUAGAUGUCUGUCUGUUAGCAGUAUUCAUACUGUACCUUUCAGUGCAUUACUCUGAAAUUUUUAAACCUGUAUGCCCCUCAUAGCAGCUGAGCUUUUGGAAAUGAAUGGGAAAUUUAAGAAAUGACUUUACACUGCGCUCUUCCCAGCCCACAGCUGUGAAACGUACAGUGAAACAGAGGCACUGCAGUGGCUCACUGUUGCACACAAUUAGUUUUUAUUUGAGGGAGAAACUGGAAGGACUGCCUGAUUGAAGACUCGUCUUUCUCGGUGCCUCUCUGGUUUUCAGUUACAAAUCUGGAUGUGUUAAGCCUUUUGUACUGUCUCUGGAGCUGUAGGUCAGUUUUUGAACUGUUGUGUGAACUGUAUGUAGGAAAAUAGGAAUGUGCAAGUGAUUUGGGACGCCCUGUGAAUGAGUCAAAUGUGGUGUUAAGAAAGGAAAGGCAUGUUGCCAGCAAUUUGACUUUGGAAUAAUUUCUGAAAGUAGCUUAGCAGAUGUAUGCCUUCACCAGAAAUGACUGCCUCACCUGGAAGUGGAUGUGAAUAGUCUGCUCCAAAUUUUUCACUCUGUCUGUUCUUAAACGAAGAAGAGAAUCAAAAUUCACUUCAGUACAUGACUUGUUUGACUGUGAGCAGCUGAAAGAACAGAAAAGAGAAAGGUGUGAUCUACAAGCAUUUUUUUCAUUCUGCAAGCCAUGGAAUUCAUUGCAGGUUUCCUUGCCCACUGCUGCGGGCUUUGUUCCACUCAGGACGUGACUUCAGGACUCGGCUUUGCCUUUUGAUGAACACAGACACCACUGCAGUAUCUCAACAUACACAAAUGCCUAAAUGUAAAGAGUGAAGUGAAAGCCUGAUGUUUCUGGCAAGAGUUUAGCAUCUUAGGCCAUUCACCAGGUCAUGUGCCAUGUUUCAUGCUUUGAUAUUAUGCCUUUCCUUCCCGAGUGUAAUCUUUAUUAAAAAUGUCUGGGGCUAAAAACUAUAAAUUUGUGCUUCUUUCUGCUCACCUUUCAAAAGUCUAGUUCUCCUGAGUGAGCUGCCUUUGUGAUGUGUGGGUAGCAUUGCUUUCUCUUGCACUUCAUUUUAAGGCUGGCUUAUCUCUUGACAGCCUCUUAUCUCCCUUUCUUAAAAUUUAGCAUUACAUUUAUGAAGAUACCUAUAAAAGUAGAACUCUUCUGCUUCCAAAACCAGCACAGUUUUGCCUGUUCCUGUGGCAGAUGCCAACAAUGACUCCAUUGUGCAGGUUGUCAGUGGGUCCAUGAGCAAAAUGUGAAAAGACGAGGCUGCUGGUACAACUUCCAGCCACUUCCUUUGUGCGGAAUUGUGUUAUAAAACUGUGGUUCAAUACUUGAUGACACUUGAGCCUCUAGGGACUGAACUUUGAAGGGAGCCUCCCCAUCUGAGAGCUGUCCUUCCAGUCAGUUAUGUCACUGAUAAAUCUAAGUUUCUUUGUUUGGCAGCUUUAAUUCCCCUUUGAAGUGCGGAAGGAGAGAUGGAUGAAUAUAAAAGGAAAGAACUGUUGACUAACUUAAGGUUUUCAACGGUGUCACCAGGACCUGGGAAUCUGUGAUUCUGGUGAUACAGCCUGAGCUCGAGCGAAGGCCUGUCCCUGGGUCUCUGCGAUGCAUGUGGAACAGUUGAAUUUAGCACCAAUUUGGCACAUGAGCUGUUGGAGCGUUGCGAUUCCCCUGUAGCCUCCACACUACUCAGUUCUGCUGCUGCUGCUGUUUGUUGUAAUUGGCAGAUUUCCUGAUAGGAGGUAUCUUGGAGCAGAAGGGAUUUCUGACCAAGGACUUGCAUUGUUCUAUCCAAGAAGUAAGAAAAGAACUGAGAAAGCGAUCAACAGAGCAAACAAAAUAACUGAGAAUUGAGAACAGUGAAAGGGCACUGCUUUGGGCAUCUUGUGUGAGUGUCUGGUGGAGAGGACAUCGCUGUUGAGUCAAAAAACCUCAUGAAAUGUGCCUCUUUUGUCACUACAUACCAUAUGGCCAAAAGCUGUGGAGUUGGAAUUUAUGGAACAAACAGAUGCUUUAUCACUAAAGACCAAGGACGCAGCAGCAUCCUAAAACAGUACCCUUUAAAUGUUGACUCGUAAUCACUGUUAACCACCUUUGGUUAUUGCUUAUUAAAUACAAAGCCCACUUUUUUCUUUUAUUUUUCUUCAUACAAAUAAUAUAAACCCAAGAUUGAAUACCAGGAGCACUGUGAAGAUGUUUGAGCGUUGUGGCCAUGCUUGCGGAUAGGGAUGAAUACGUGAAUUCCGAUGAUUAUCCACUAAAGGAGGUGUCCUGUUUCGGAAGGAGAAAGAAAGCUGCAGCUCCUUCAGGUACACAGUGGAACCUAUCACAUCCAGCAACUGGAGCGAGCUAUGGACUUGUGCUGCCGCCCCUGCUUCGUUCUGAGUUAGAGAGACCACGUUUGGUCGCUGAAUGCUGAUCUUAUUAGUAAAAGGAAAAACUUGUUUGGCAGAUUUACUGCUGGCUGCUUUUGGCGUGAUUGGAUCGGUAACCACAACAGACCGGAUUGCCCUCGUACAUGAGAGAAACACCAUGCACCUUCCAAUAGCAUCAGUGCUGGGAAGACUCCAGUGUUCCUAGGUGUCCAACUGAAGGCAUUGCGCGCCACACCCCUGGAAGAUGGAUUUAAAGAGUGUGGUAUGGGAGAUAAUCAGGACAGUUGUACUGGAGGGGCAGGUUCCUUGCCCAAGAGCAGCAGGAGCCAGCCGCUUCACUGGACCGUGCGGGAAGGCUCAUCACAGCCGAGCAGUUUUUUAGAUCUCCAUCUGACAUUGCCUCCUGAAUUUUGUGCACCCUGUGAAGGAUGACAGAUGAAUACUAAGCUGUCAUUUGGAAAACUGCAGCAACUGGCUGCACGUGUUGAGAGGCUGCAGUGAAGAGGCCCUGGCUGUGACGUUCCAGGACUGGGGUGUGUGGCGCGCAGGCUGGAGCUGCAGAGCCAUGAUUGGAAACCCAGCUGAUAUGGCUUUUGGGUGAGAAAGGAGAAGAUAUUAAUUGUUAUUCGUGAAGAUCAGCUUUCCUUGGUUAGAAGCGGAUCUUUGGAGCUUUGCUGUGCCUUUAUGGUUGCUGCAUCGCUGACUUUGCCGAUGAGUCAAGAACACACUUGAAAAUGUAGGGGCUCGCAGUGACCCGUGGAUGGGAGGCUUUUUCACAAGCACUGUGGAGGAAAGAAAUUGGAGCUCAAAAUGAUCUGAAAGUGGAGAAAUGGACUCGAGCAUCAAAAAGAGGGCUAAUAUGUGCUGAUGUGCAGAACAUGUAAGAACCGGGAUUUGUGAUUUCCAGCCAGCAUCAUCCAUCCGCUACCAGCCAGCAGCCGCUGAGGACAGAAUCAGAAGGCCCUUCUUGGAAGGUGGUCUUUGCCUGCGGUUUUGAGGUCUGAGUGCCCUGGUCCCAGGGUGGGACCACAGCAGAGGGCUCCAUGCAGAGCCUAUGAUAUCUGCCCGGAGGAGGGGUUGAUCCACUGUGCGGAGUGAAGCAGUCGUUCAGCUGGUAAGAGUCCACAGGAUUUUCAUGGAUUCGUUUCCUCUCUGCUUUUCACCGCUGCAGCCAAACACAACCCGCAUUUCCAAGGAGAAGCCGCCUUCACCGAGGUCCCCGAGGAUGCGACCGUUCGGGAGGGAGACGACAUCGAGCUGCCCUGCGCCUUCCGCGCCAGCGGAGCCGCCUCGUACUCGCUGGAAAUCCAGUGGUGGUACCUGAAGGAGCCGCCGCGGGAGCUGGCGCGCGAGGUGGCCCCCGGCGGCCGCGGCAAGGUAAC